CGUGGAUAAAAACUAUGACAAGCUCAAUAAAAGAAAGCAGUGUUUGCUCUCCUGAUUCAACAGUAUCUUCUCUUUUAACAAGCUAUAGUAUUGACAGCAAUAAUCCAUACUCAAACAGUUUGAUUCACUACAAGGACAAGCUUUACAGCUCUGCAUCUGAGGCUUUGGAGGCUUAUAUUGAAGAUUUUGAUUUAAGUCUCACGUCUUCAGAAAUAAGCACUGGAAAAAUAUGCAUAUAUCAAAGCACUCCCAAACAAGUUAAGUUUUCAAAGCAUCAUGCCAAAGAAAAACAUGAAGACCAGCUUGAGCUACUUACCUUGAAGGCUGACAGAGGUCUGGAGAGUUCAACUGAAGAUUUGUCAAAUGCUCUGGAAAAUGAUGACAGUCCUUCUACAACAGAUAUACUAGGAGCAGAAAGAUCAUGGGAAAAUGCUCCAGGUGCUUUCAAACCACCAGUGCCUGUGUGCUGUGAGGACAUGGAGAAUGCUCUACCAUUCCCCAAGGCAGAUAUCAUACAUAAGUUCUUGGAAGACUGUUUAAAUGACAAAAAUAAGGAAAACACUUUUUGUGGAGGUCAUCAUCACAGACCCCUUGAAGCUUUGAAGCUGAUGUUGUUUAAACUGCAAGCAAUUCAGGGAAGUUUAAGCCAAAAUGAAACUGCUGAGCAAAAGGAAGAGUUUGAAAAACUUUCUGAAAAAGCAGAGGCUGAAUUAAAACUGUGUGACAGUGAGAUAAUCCCUCUUACUAAUUCUAUUCAGAAGGCUUUGCACCAUUUGUCACGUCUUAAAAGUCUUGUUGAAGAUAACAGUAACCAACAAGAGCAGACCGAUGAUCAUGAAGAAGAUAGACAAGAAAAAAAGAAUAAUCUGUGAAGUUGAUAUCUUAAGAAUAUUUUAAUAUUCUGUAACUUGAAUAAUUUGUCAGCCUGUCCACUGGUCAAGAGUUUUCUGAAAGCUGAACCAGUGCAUGUUCUCAAAUGUUGUAUUCAGUAUUUCUGUAC